CGUAACCUUAAAAAAACUGACGGAAAUGCAUUGAUUAAUAUCCAAUAUGUCACGGUAUGACAUCGAGAAGUUUGAUCCUCCGCCAGAUCCUGACCUGGUUUGCUGUAUCUGUCAGUGUGUACUAGACCGUGCAGUGGAGUGCCCUUGUCGGCAUGUAUUCUGUCAGGUGUGCAUUGAGCGAUGGCUUACGAACCGGCACACCUGCCCCACUUGCCGCACACGGACGAAAAAACAGGACCUCAAACCUGUACUGCCUCUCGUCCAGAAUAUGCUCAACAGAAUGUUGAUGAUAUGUGAUAACCGGAUGAAUGGCUGCGUGGAGAAGAUUAUGUUGGAGCAUUUUGAUCGCCAUGUUUCAAACUGUGGUUUUGAAAUGAGAACGUGCAGAUUCACCAAGUGUGGGCGCCAGCUACAACGUAGAGAGAUAGAGGCACACGAAACAUCAAGCUGUGAUCACCGUGAGAUGCUUUGUACGGGAGAAUGUGGACUGAUGGUGGCCCUAAGUGAUCAGCCCUCGCACAACUGUGUACGGGCUCUCAAGGAAAACAUUGAUGAGAAAAACCACAUGAUAGAGAUCCUGAAAGCCAAGCUUCAGGAGCUGAACAACUUGUCACAGUCAUUGAAGGACCAGCUAGAGCAGUUAAGACAGCAGCUGAAUGAGCGGCCCCCAAACCUUCCCUCCCUAUUCGACUCCAGCAGUGAUUCCAGCGAUGAUGAUGUUGUUGAUAUGUCUGAUAUCUUCUCAGACAGCAUCAGUGAGCAUUCAUUUCCUGACACUCUGUCUAACCAUUCUGCUGGUAAUGUCAGCGAUGAUAAUGAAAGGAGUGGUAAUGACUCUGCACCACAGGGUCACAUCACUGGGGCUUCAAAUACUGCAGGCAAUGAUGAUGGUGCUGAUGUCGUUGAACAGGUAGAGAGAACGGUGGUGAACAGUCUGUUUGAGCUGUCUUCACGCCUAGAGAGGGUCAGAAACCAGAUGAGAGCGGUUCUCAAUUCUGGCUUGGUGCAGGAGCAAAGUCACCUUAAUGAUGAAGUCCGACUACCCUCUGUAACACUUGAUUCUAUUGUUAACCAGAAUAGAAGUGCCAGUAAUUUAAAUAACCACAGAAAUUCCACUAAUGCUACAGCAACAGCGACUGCUACUAUGCAAAGUAGUAGUAGUGAUGAUUCAGAUGACAAUUUUGAGUACCAAAAUCACAAUGCAGAAACUGAGCCAAUUCCUUCAGUUUCAAUAUCCUCUUAUCAUCCUUCAGACUCUGAAUCAGACAGCCAUCAACAGAAUACUCCCAGUCAUGCUGGUGAAAGUUCGGAUCAAGGUCAUGAUGUAAGCCUCGGUGAAGAUGAUGCAAGCAGCCUGACAGGCAGCAAUUCUGGCUCGCCUUCACAUAGGGACUACAAUGACCAGCCACUAAACCAGUCCAUGUCCAGCCAUGUGAUACUGACAUCACCCCCAGGGUCACCGACACUGUCCUGGACCUCUGACAACUCAUCAAGUAUACCUACAAUUUCUUCUCCAAUCUCCAAUCCACACUCACCGGACAACUUGUCUUCAGCCGUAUCAAGUCCUGUAUCAUCUAUAGCCUCUAUGCAGUCAAGGGCAAGGUCUCUGUCUCCUAUAACCUCUGACAGACACAGUAGCGUAUCAUCUUACCAGCUACCAGACAGUCCUGUUAACUCUGUCGGGGCAGACUUUAGUUGUGAUGAAAGUAAUGGAAUUCCUAGUGACAACAACAAUACUUUUGAUUAUGGAAGUAGUGAUAAUGAUGGUUCAGAAGCUAAGUCUGUAAAUUAUAACAGUGAAGAUCAUUCUUCUGUGCAUUUCACUAUUGGGACAACAGAUUCGGCAGCAGAAAAUGAUGUUCAAGAUCGAAUACAUACACCAAGUGUGUCAGGACAUGAUGAACAUGUUGAUGAACACAGUGAUGUAGCAAGUAGCCUUGAUGAAAAAAAUACUGUACGCGCUGGUGAAACAGAUGUUAGUGAAACUGAACUUAAUUACAGUUAUGAUGAUACUGAUGAUGAUCAUGAGGACAAUGUUAGUUCAACACCUGGUGACAGGGAAGAUCAAACUGGUGACCACAUAGAUUUAAACUCGUCCUUUAAUAGUUAUGAGGGUUGGAGUAAUUCAGAACCGUCUAGUCUCGGUCAUAAGACGUACACAAAUAUUGUAGAUAAAGACAAUCAUUCGGGUAGAUAUACUUUUGAUAAAAACACGAGAAAGGAAAGAAGUAGUGCUUCUACAUUACAUAACGAAUUGCAUCCUUCAUAUGAUAACCAAUAUACGAGAUGUAAUGCAGUGAGUGCCAUGCCUUCCACACAGUGCACUAGUCCGUUAAAGUCACAUACAUCAACUUCUUCUACAGCAUUGGGGACAGGUUCAGGAAAUCCAAGGAAUACAGGCAUGAGCAAUAGUAUGGACCAAGCACAUGUGAACCAGUGCGAGCCGGACAGUACCCAAGGACCUACCCAGUCUGAAACACGGAGGUCAAGUGACUCACCGGACCGUUCAGCACACAAUUACUAUUUGUCCGAUUCAAGUGAUAGUGACCAAUCAAUGAAAUAUAUUACCAAACGUUUACGACCUGAAGAGCAUGAGUCAAAAACUAGGAAGGAGAGGGCGGAAAAUGAGAAAGUUGACAAGACUAAAGCUAGUGACUCUUCCAGUAGACAAAGUCAGUCUAAGCAAUAUUCUUUUAGAAAGAGAACACAUGACGAUUUCUCAGCUGGUAGUCAGAGUAAGAAACAGAAACUUGAAGAGACUUUUACAAAAUCCAAGCAUUCACCCAGUCAUGGAGGGACACGGUAUUCACCCAGUCAUGGAGGGACACGGUAUUCACCCAGUCAUGGAGGGACACGGUAUAAAAGUAAUAAGGACUCCUUGAAUGUUUCAAGUAAGAGUCAAACACGGUCGGGUCAUAAAAGGUCAAGUACCGUACAGAGCGAUGGUAUUCAACAGGAGGCUAAUGGACAGAGCUUGAACGUUAAGAUAGACUUGUCAUUAAUAAAUUAUUCUGGUCAUCUUGUCACAGAGCCCAGCUCGGCCGUGCCGAGCGCAACAGUUGUAAGAAGUAGUGCGAACAUUUCACCGGGACGCUCCACUACACCAUAUAAAAGCCUGUUUAGACAAAGUGACGCAAAUACAAAUAAUUCUAGUCAUAGGCAACGUUCGAGUCCUAACAGAUUAGAAAACAGAAAAGUGUUAAGAAACUCAUCUAAUCGAAGCCAUGUUUCUAGUCCUAGUCGACCCACUGCUAGUUUAAGUAUUGCAAAUAAAUCCAACACAAUCAUUAAUCCAAACAAUAUGACUCACUCCGAAGAGAAACAGGAUAAUUCAGACAGCAGUUCGGAUGCAACUUGGGCACCAGGAUCGCUUGCAACGGAGUCAGACGCGAGCAUUACGGAGGGGGGCGAGUGUGAGACAGACUCUAGCUAUGAGGUCCAGGUCCCGAAGUCCACAGCCGCCCUUCUGGAAGAGUACGCCUCCGACUCCUCUGACGGAAGCUGGACUUUUGGAAUGGCAUAAAUUAGCUUAUAAUAAUGAUAUUUUUUUAUUUAUUUGCAAUUAAAAAAAACAUGCAUUACAUAUGAUUAUAUUCACAUAUGUUUAUUUAUGCAAUAUUUCCCAUGUUUUCACAUAUUUGCUCAGGGUUCUCAGUGACUUCUCACCAAAUUUCAUUUUUCCGUCCCUGGACACACAGUAUUGCUUUAAAAAUCAUACUUUUGCUGUAGUACUCACACUUUUGCUCUAGUACUAUUUUUUUGCUGUGGGACUCACACUUUUUGAAUAUUUCAUAUCACAUGAAUAAUGAUCACCUCAUGUUUUUGUUCUGAAAUUUUGCUUUGGGACUUUUUUAAGUUUAUGGAGAACCCUGAUGCAGCUGGAAUUUUCCUGGAUGAUCAUGUCUUAAACAGCACAGUCAAGGUACUUGACAUAAUUGUCAUGACAGCAAACCACCCUGAUAUACAUAUAACUACUCUAUAGAUUUACCAUUCACAUGAUGAUCUUUGACACACCAGAUGUACAUGGACUUGGAUUCAAUGUAUUCUUUUGUUUAACAAAGAAGGUGAUUAUUGAGGGUGGUCCUAAUAUAGUUUAACAUCAUGUCAGUUAUGUCAUGACCUUGAAAAAUUCUUAUUAACUGCUGUGUAAGGAAUGGGCAGGCUUGGCAUUGUUGUUGUUUUUUCCUUUAAGAUAUUUACAUAUGUACAUACAAAUGUGUACAUACAUAUAAUAUUAUACCAAUAUCUGCCAAAGUGCUUAUUUGAUUUUGUUGAGAUUCAAGAUUUCUUCAUGCAUAUUACCGGUAUGCCUUGUUACAUCUCUAUCUGUAAAGUCAUAGAUACCAUUUUUAAAAAAGAGGUCCUAACUAGGGGAGUAUUCCAUGUCCACUUUUCUAUAAAGGAAAGGGGAAUGAAUAAUGGAAACUAAGACCUUUGCUAGUUUGUUCCUGAAAUGUCUUUAAUUAACCCGUUAUUUUCAAUGUUGAUGUUAACAAGCCAGUAUACACAUAUGUUUUUAAAAUGUUAGCAUUUCAUUUUGUUUGCUUCUACUCAUAGAAGCAUUUAAAAGUUUUGUAUUUAUAGUUGCUCUACUUUAUAUUCGGAAAUGUGGAGUUAUUUCACAAUUAUAAAACCUUUUACUUCAAGACAAACCACAAUAUUGUAAUAAAGAAACUAGAAAGCCCUCAGUGAUAAACAGCAAUUUUCCAUUUACUGACUAUUUAUUUGAGGACCUCUUAGUGUUUUUGUCUAGAGUUUUGUUAUUUGUCUAUGAAUUAGUGUGAUCAAUAGUUUGUUUAUAAUUAAAUUAAGCCAAAAAAAGAAAGAAAUAUAAUUGGGGCUUCACAAGUUGUGUCGCAAUUUUUGUCAUGGAUCUCUUUCAUCGUACCAUGAAAGAUAUGAAAACACUGUUUUCAGUAGAUAGAUAUAGAAGAAGAAAAACCUAUUCCAGUGCAAUAUGUCUUGAAGCAAGUACUAGACAGGAGUUCUUAAGUUCAGGAUCAAUUCUAAAACCAGGUUGAAUGAUUUUAACUUAAACUAUUGUACAAAUGUUGAUUUUUUUCUCAGACAUUUGCAUCAAAAGCAUUGUAAGUACAUUAAAAUUAAUAUAAAAAUAACUUGGAACAAUUUUAAAACAGAUAUAAGCCCCUUACCCAGAGUAGGACAUGAAUCCCUCAUACUCAAACUUACCCCCAGCUAUCAUUAAGAAUUGACACUUAUUAGCUGUUAGAACCCCUGACUAGUUUAAUAGUUCCACAUAUGAUUAAAGAUGUUUAACUCUUACUCUGUUGUACUUCCAUACUAAGGUGUGUUUUUUUUUAAAGUUACUCUCUUAUUCAAAAUCAGUACAUACACAUGUAUAAAAAACAUCAAUUUUGAAUGAUAAACUUUUGGCUGCUUACUAAAUAUUGCAGUUAUGGAAAAUAUUUAUCACUGGUAACAAGUUUGUAGCCCUGUAGUUAAUAACAGAAAACACAAAAAUAUUAAAUAUAUUGGUGAAUGCUAAAAGGUUUAUUGUAAUCUACUUAAGUCUCAUGAGGUAGAAAUACCGUGUUUUAUGCACAUUUUUUCCAAAUUAAACUGGGUAUCCUUCAUAAGAACCACUGUUUUCGACAUUUAUUAAUCUUUUUUGGAAUAAUAAAACAAGAGUAUUAAUUGUGGUAAAUCUUAUUUGGGAGUAAGAGUGCAUCUUGAAGAAGUAAUGUCUUUAAAGGAAUAAAACUGUUAUGGCUUGUUUUGCUUCUUCCUAUAAUUGCUCAAUAGUAAAACCAUUAACAAUGGUAAUUAGGACCGAUUAUUACCAAAAUAUGAAAACUAAAGUGACAGGUCUUAUGUAAAUGAUUUUGAAACGUUGCUGUUUUUUAUUCAAGAGUUGUAAUCGUGUUAUAACCAUAGUGAAGAAUACUUGUCAAUAUUUUCUUAUCUUUGUCAAUUAUCAUUUUUGUAUGCAGGAAUAGAAUGUUCAGAUAAAAUCAUGACCUCAUAAAUUGUAAGCACCUGGACAGGCAUAUGUCAGAUAAAAUGGUAAUAUUGCUAAAAAAAAAUUGAUUAAAAAAAAAUAAAUAAAUAAAUAUUUAAAAGCGUUUCAAUGGAAUUGUCAUUCGAACAAAAGAAACUGAUUUUAAAUUCUCUUUUCAACCUUGUUACAUAAAGAAGAUUACUGAGAGAAUUUCUUGUUUAGUAUGUUUGUUAAGUACAUGUAUGUGCUAGUUCUCUUUAUUAAAGCAGCUGCACUCUCACAGAUUUACUAUUUUGACAACUUUUUUUUUCUUUUUCUUUGAAAUGAGCCAAUUUUGGCGUAAAUAUUGGCAAACCAGUGAUUUAAGACUUAUGACCAAAGAACAAAUCGCAGAUUUUCAUAUUUCCGUUUGAUAAUUAAUGUUUUAUGGCUUAAACCGUUUAAGAAAAAUGCAUAAAUCAUCAAUUUUUGAACUGAAAUAUAAAAAUCUGGCAUGUAAUUUUUUGUCAGCAGUCUUAUAUAACUGGUGUCCAUGCAUUUUCGCUAAAAUUGGCUCAUUCCAAGACAAAAAAAAAGUUGUCAAAACGUUCAAUCUGAGAGAGUGCAGCUUUAAGAAACAUUAUUUUUCACUUGUUUCAGACUGUAACCCCUCUUUUGAGUAAGCAAUAUUCAAGGUAGUUUUGUUGGGAUGUACGCAUAAACUCCAAUUUGGCAAUAAUUACAUCUCAAAAUUGUUCAAUAAUACAAAAUGGAAUAUCCAUUAGUUUUCUAUACGCAAGGGUAGGGGGUAGGGUGUUAUACUCUCAUGUAUGUUUGUAUGCACUGUUACUCUAUGCUGUAUAUGUAGAAUAGUAAACAAGAACAUGUUUGUACACCAGAUUUACAGAAACCUGAUCUUGACCAUUGCUGAACUGCCAUACAUUGUUAAAUCAUGUUCCAAAGUUUCAUUAUGUAUAUAAUAAUAAUAUUCUUUAGACCCAUAUAGAA